AUGGUUAGCAUUGCAGAGUCAAAGUGGACGAUAUUCGCAGAUUUGGAUGAAAGGAUUCUGAUGACCGAGUACAACGGGACCAUUCUCGACUAUCUUCGAGAAAUCAAAGACGAAAAGAUCGCAGGAAUACAGUUCAGACAGCAGUGGGUGUUGAAAACGGAACUGUUGCCCGAGAAGUAUGAAGGCGAGAAUCAGGUAAGCUCUUCGAUGUGUGCUCUCAUGAAUUGUUUACAUUUUGAGAUUGAGAAAUGGAUGCCCGCUCAUAGAUGGCACAACUCUUCAGCCAUCGGUCCGAGCGGCCACACCGCUAAGUGCAUCAUCGACAGCUCGAAAGUGUUCCGAAUGUGGGUGCACAACGUGGAAGAAUACUUUCCAGGGCACGGUUACUUUAUGAAGAAGUUGACGCCGGAGGAAGGACUCGUCAGGUAACAGAUCUAAAUCGUUUUCAUAAUUUCAAUUCGCUCCUUCAGACACUAUCGCGACCAAACCCUCGGCAGUUGGGGCGAGAAGUGGUUGAACUCGACACUUCGAUUUGGACCGCUUCGUCUCACAGACUAUCCGACAAAGUUCCUCGGAAAACUGACGACGUUAGUGAAGAAGAGAGCCAGUUACGUGUACGGCAACGAACACGAAUGA